GGAACUGGGAUGCCAUUUGGAAAGUGUCCACAAACAUUCAGAUCAUCCAGGGAGGCCUUGCUCUCGGUCCCACCCCCUUCACAGGUGCCUCGGAUGGGGAGAACAGGAGCAGUUCUUUUCUUGUGGCUCCUCCCCAGACUCUGGAACUCCCUGCCACUUGGAAACAAGGCUGGUCCCAUCUUGGCCAACAGGUGAAGAGCUUUCUCCUCAGGCCGGCUUUGAGGCCAAACCACCGGCUCACCUGAUUGAAACAGGGAUGUAUUAGUCUUUUGCAACAUAGCAAUGUGAAGGUGGCCCCAGGACGCAACAAACUGCCAAACAACCCUAGAAACAGGACCGCCAUUAUGUCGAGGAAGCAGAUCUUCAAACUGAGCUUCUGGGCGAUCUUCUUCGUUGGCCUUUUUGCUUUCUUGAUCUUAGACAAGCAAAAUCUUUUGACAUUCCGGAAGCCGAAACGGAGUAAAACAAGCAAUUCGGAGGCUGUUAAAAAUGAAACUCUGUCAGACAGAGAUAAGAGCAUGCUGCGGUAUCUGUUACUCACACAGGAUCGUCCUUGGGAACCCAAUGCCACAGAAGUGCUCCAGUAUAGAGCUGAACUGGGAGCAUGUUGCAAUGCUUCCUCUCACCUCGUCCUAACCAAGCGAAACACACCAUUAGGUUCCAACAUGAAAUGUGAUGGAGAAAAUUCAACAAUCCCUGUCGAAGCUGAUCUGCUAGCCCUGCUUCCAGAGACAUCACCUUUCUUAGAUUUUCGAUACAAGAACUGUGCAGUGGUAGGGAAUGGAGGUAUUUUACGAAACAGCUGCUGUGGGAAAGAGAUUGACCAAGCAGAUCUGGUGAUCAGGUUCAACCUGCCUUCCAUGAAUUUCCCUGAAGAUGUGGGAACCAAGACAAGCUUGGUGACCAUCAACCCUAGCAUCCUUAUGGAAAGAUUCCAGUGGCUGGAGAACCGUCGGAAGCCUUUUGCAGAUGUGCUGCGCUCCUACGGAGACCCUCUCUUCCUCAUCUCCGGCUUCUCUUUCAGUAGUGGCAAAGAGCUUUCCUACCGCACUCUGUACACCAUGGAGGACUUUGGCUUGCGGCCACAGGCCUUCUUCCUGAACCCACACUACCUAGGCAACUUGAGUAACUACUGGAGGAAAAAAGGGUUUCAGCCAUCGCGCCUCUCUAGUGGCUUUUUCUUUGUCAACGUAGCGCUGGAGUUCUGCCAGCACAUCACUCUUUAUGGUUUCUGGCCCUUUCCACUUGACCUGGAUGGCUAUUUCGUCCCUUACCACUACUACGAUAACACCUUUCCCAAGGCUGGUGUGCAUCAGAUGCACACAGAGUUUUCCCAUUAUCUUAGUAUGCACAUCCAGAAUGUGCUGCGCUUACGACUUGGAAACUGCCAGUGAGGUGUCUCUGAGGUGGGGUGUCACCGGACCCACGGGCCAACAAACUGAUGGCCAGCAGGUUCUUUGCACGACAAGGCCAGCAGAAGCCUGAAAAACGUGCGGAAAGGAGUGCUUUGCAAUGCCUUUGUCCCAUGGAAUAAUUUGUCCAAGUGAGGCAGUCUAUUGCAAGGGGACAUGGUGGAGCACAGAAGAGGCUCUUCUUGGCAUCAUGAGCCCUGGUUACAGCCAAAGUUAAGUUGGUCGGGAAGCAUGAGAAGGUCUUCGUUACUCAACCCAUUGUUUGGGAUGAUGCAACGGGCUUUCUAGGCUCUCUCUCUCUUCUACCAUACAGUUAAACUCUUGCUGUUCAAGCAAGCUUUCUAUGUGCUUGUUUAGGUUUAUCCAGAUAUAACUGGUUUAUCAGCUGCUGGUACCUCUUCUACUGUUGCUUGCUUAGUUUGUUUCUUAAUUAUGUUUUGUUAUUCUGUUCAGUAGGGAAAGCCACACUAAGAGCCAUGUUUAUUCUGGAAGGGCAAAAUACUGUAUAAAUUGUGUCAAAUAAACAUUGGUUCAGA